AAUAAACAAGUUUUGACUUUUAGCACAAGUGUCUGCACUUUGGAUAAACACAGCCAUUCACAGUAGAAUUUCUUGCGAUUAAUAAAAAGUCUACUCAGUAUCGAUUAUCAUUUGGUAUAUAUCGUGUUAUAUCAGUAAACAUAUAAGAAGGUCGUAAACCGCGCAAGCACAAAAUAAAACGAUGAAACAAUCUAAAAUAUGCACACACCGUCGAUAGGUGUUUUUGAAGUUGUUUUGUUAGUGUGGAAACAAUUCAUAACUACUCAAAUGAAUUAAUAUUCUACAGUGCCUUAGUGUCAAAUAUAUGUUUUAUUUAAACAAAAUAAUAAAGAUUUAUAACAUGAGUGCUUUACAAACAGCAGAAUUAAUUGAAAUUGAGUUUUAGGCGUCAGAAAAUAGCGAUAAAAAAUAUUUAGUGGUGCUGCGCCGUAAUGGAGGCGAUAUUCAUGUGCGUGUCAAAUCCUUAAAUUUCACAUUUCAAAUAGUCUGUGUUCUUUGCAAAUUCAUUCAUUGAGUUAUCUGGCUUUCGUAUCGCUUUAUCAAUUACCAAAUUCGAAGAAUAUUAUCAUCUAACACAGGAAAUACGCCGAGCUAUGAGUUUCAGAUGUCUUCUACUCGCUAUUUUUUAUUGCAUAUGUACACUAUGUACAAUCUCCAACAUUUUUGCGCAAUCACCAGGUGAAACCAGUCCUCGGAUUAUAAUCGAAAUCGGUCACAAUGCGAACAUCACUUGUCGCAUGAAUUUGAAAAUGUUUGACGGUGAAAAUAGUUCGUCAUUAUACUUCACCUCCGAUGAACCAGAACAAGAAGUUGUGCAUACUAAUAUAAGAAUCAUUAACGCAACAACGAUUGUUUACAUGCUGCGCAACGCGAGCGAGCAGUUUACGACUUACACGUGUAAAAGUGGUCAAUAUGCAAUUUCAAGCACGGACGUCAUUGUGGGUACCAAGCCCACAGAGGUUAAAGAUUUCAACUGCCAGGCAUUUGACUUCACCUACAUGACGUGCGCGUUUACAAUACCACAAAAUAUGGUUCCAACCACAUAUAAUUUGAAAUAUAUAACACAAAAUGCUAAUUACAUACUGAAUUGUGUAAAGUUGGUGAAAGAAGGCGACAAAGCCACUUGUAACUUUACACUGGAGGAUGGCAGCUAUAAGCCCAACUUUGAGUUUUACAAUUUUCGCUUGACAAGCAACAAUACAUUGGGCGCGCUUACACAGAAUUUCACCAUAAAUCACAAAGAAAUUGUUAAACCCGCUAUUAGCAACUUCCACAUUGAGGACAUCUCAACAAACGCCUGUGUGCUGAAUUGGGAAAUGGAGCGUUACUCUUCGUAUAAGCUAAAUCGUUUGCAAAUGGAGGUGCAUUUACAAUCACCGCACUAUGAAAGCACGAAGACCUUCACUUGCAUGAAAUGUAACAAUCGCGAAAUAUUUAAUUUGUCCAUCGACGAUCUGCCUUACGCAUACUACGAAUACAAUAUAAGUUUGCGCAUUAAGAUGAGAAUGCCAGCGGCAACUUGGAGCGAUGCAUAUAGCAUUGUUUUCCGCACGCUGCCGCUGGCGCCCGAAAUGUCGCCCGAAGUGGAUGUGAGCAGUUUCUACUUGAACGCCACGCAUCUGCGUUUGUUUUGGUAUCCCACGGCGGAGUAUCAUCGAAACGGCUCGAAUUUUCAUUAUAUUGUGAAGCUUUUGCAACAGGAUGGCGCUGCAGUAAAUCAGCCAGCGCUGCAUACGGUAGUGCCCACUGUGGCUUUUCCCUGGAACAGCGCGCACAGUUAUGAUUUCAGCAUCUGGAGUGGUAAUGAGAUGGGCGUGUCUUUGCGUAGUAGUCGCAUAUAUGUGCCUGCGCUGCAGAAAAACUACGACAGCCGUACGCCACUGGGUAUAAGAAAUGUGUAUCACUCUUUGGAUCGCACCUAUACGUUGCUCUGGAAUGCGCCGGAAGAUUGGAAGCGCGUAGAGAAUUAUACAGUUUUUUGGUGUCAACCCAAAAGUGUGGCGUCGAAUGAGUGUCACAACAUUAUCGGAUUUACGCAGCUAGAUAAGAACGCGCUCAACUUCUCAAUACAGCAGAGUGAAUCGUUGGUCUUAGCAGUUGCGGCCAAUUAUCGCGAUUAUUACACGGGCAUGCACUGGGCAAAGUGCACGGCAGACGUAUUAAAUGAUCUUGAGAAAUUAGAACCAGAAAUUGAAAUAAAUGCAUAUUCGAUAACCGCACGAUGGAAGUCGGAGCAUGUGUGCGCCUCACUUAUCAAAGGCUAUACAAUUAACUACUGCCAAACGAAAUCCGCGAAGAAACCAAAGUGUUCGGCUAAACUCGAACACAUUAAUGUGGACAAAGGAGAAAACAAAUAUGAGAUUGCUGGGCUAGUACCAAACUCGCACUAUCAAAUGCAGAUGUAUAUGUACUCGGACCUAAAGGAGGGACCAAUAAGCGAUAUGCUACACAUCCAAACGAAGGAGGCCGCGCCCACACCACCAAGAAACCUGACAUUCGCACACAUAACAAGUCAGUCGGUGUCGCUGUCAUGGCAGUCGCCGCAAGAGGCUAACGGCAAAAUACGCUACUAUAUUGUGACUUAUAAUCGCGAAAAUCUAACUGUGCCCUGCAAUAACUUAAGUGGUUCGCACUGCUUCGGUGCGAGCAAGCGUAGUGAACGUUACGGCAUUGAGUAUUUAUCGUACACGCUGCAAAACCUAAGCAGUUUCACUAACUACAAAAUUUGCAUAAAAGCAUUCACGGUUGCUGAAUCGCUGCCCAGUAAUUGUGUGUAUGUAAAAACACACGUUGGCGUGCCCAGCAGUCCCACACAGAUCAAAGUUGACAGUGCAGGCGACAUUGCGAUACGUUGGCAUGAGCCCGAAGUGCCAUCGGGACGUGUAGACUACUAUGAAGUGAUUGUUGAAGCCAAAUUGCGGCAAGUUAUCGAAGGUCGUUAUAUUUCGCGCAUAAAAACGGGCAGGCUAUGCACUAUAAGAAAGAAUUGCGAUAAUGAGAAUUUCGAGUAUACAAUUAGCUUACGCAGCGUUAAUAUCGCCUAUGCGAAUGAAACCGAUACAAAACUGUCGCAGCACUCCAAAAAGCAUUCCGACGAUGGCCAUUAUGUAUCGUCCGACAAUUAUGAGUUGGGUUGCGCUGAGGCGGCGCCCAUGUCACCGGUAAUUGCGAGUAUUGAAUACACCGAAUAUAGAUCGGUUGAGGUGUACGUCUUCAACAACUUUUGUACUCCACCAGCUAAAGCUGAUAGCAAAUUAUGGAUUAUUAUAUUUUGUAUAAUAAUGGGCGCUUCAUUCAUAUUCAUAUGUGGUCUGCUCAUCUAUAGACGAUGUCAUGCAAUGGCUUCUAUUAACUGCAAGAUACCAGACAACUUGGAAGAUUUGGUUAAUCGCACCGAAGACAAAUUGCGUGAACAUGAGAAGUUUAUGAGCUCCUCUACCAAACCAAAUCAUUAUAAUAGCGAAAAUGGCAGUUUACUAACAAGCAUUUCAAAUGAUUCCAAUUACUCUUACAAUGGCACACGUUCUUCGGCCACAACAAAAAUUAGUUAUUGUGAUAGCAAUACGGGCGAUUAUUGUGACAGCCAUGCGACCGAUUACUGUAUACAAGAUCCUUUGACAUUACCCAACGCGGAAUUGCUAACGACCGUGCCCGAAACGGGCUACAUGGCAAUGACCACGCCGCUAAACCACGAGCCGGCUCAAAUGAAAUCCACAAAUGUGGGUAAUACUUGUAUGUUGGAUAACGGUUAUGUGCUACAGAAUGCAUUGCCAACGAAUGCCAGCGAAAAGCCAUUCAUGAUCGCCUUUGCUGCAGACGAUGGUUACGUACAUCCGAAUAAUAAUCGGCAGUCCUUCAAAAAUGCGGCUAUAACUAGCACAAAUUAUGUAACCACUAUGAGGUAGAAGAAAUAGCGACGAGCGAAAAGUGUUAAAUAUACACUGUUAUGGCGUACCAAAAAGUAAUAGCAAGUGACUUUUGCUUCUGCGUAGCGCCGAGCGUACACGCGCAUGUGCACUAUGUGGAGACUUUGCAAAAAUAAUGCUGCUCUCCACAUAGCACAAGUGAACGCAGAAAUAAAGUCAGACGUGCCUAUUAUUUAUUAAUUAUAGCACACAGGUGUCCUUUUCUAACAACAAAAACAACAAAGUGAAACGAAGAAGUGCGAUUAAAUUGUUAGGAAACUGAAAGCUUAAUAUUUUUAAUUUGCUUCACAGCAUUUAACAUUCUAAUUGUUAUGUAUUAUUUGUUUUAAAAUUCUAACGAAAGUAUAAAACACACCAAAAACAAAAAAACAACAACAAAAAAGGAAAGUGGUGGUCACAAAUCACAUUGUACUACAAUACAUCACAACGGUAUUAGUGAAUAUUUAUUAUAGCUUUAAUUAACAGUGAAUUGGCGUUUAUAAUUAGACAACGAAGACUAGCAAAUAGCAGAAAGUCGUAUGGAAUUUCAUAACCUCAAUUUCCUAUAAUUUAAUAUAAACUACAUAUGAUAUACCUCUAUAUGUAUGUAUGUUAUAUGGUAUACGAGUCUAUACUAGGCUGUCUGUUAUUUCCCAAGUUGAUUUUUUUUUUGAUCAGACGCUCCCGGAAGUUUCAGUUUUUGCCCUAAAAAGAAUUAUCCAAGAAAACAAAUUUUUUAUUCUCAAUUCUAACCUUGCUUGCCUAAAUCUUUUUAUUUUUCUCCUUGUAUUUAACAUGGGAUUUUUUGAUAUUUUGCAAUAAGCAAGUAACUUUACAGCUUUGAAAAAAUGAUAUACUAAACUAAAAUUUUCCGCUUUACAUAAAACGUCUUAGAAUAAUUUUUAUAAAAAAAUUCCCUUAAAAGUUAUAAGUAGUCAAAGUCAAACAUUAAAUGUGCGUUCAUACAAGUGAAUUACACAUUUUGUGUUGCUCAUACGACAUGGUGUACUGUAUGAAUUCAGUACAUUUGAUGCAUAACUUUAGCUGCGCAUAACUUUUAAAGCAGUGGUUUUGUGGCAAAAAUUAUUAGGCUUUUUUUUGUAGAGCGGAAAAUUUUGUAUAUUAAUAUCAAGGAUGUAGGUUUACUUGCUUAAUAUUAAAAAAAAUUCCAUGUAAUAUACUUGAGAAAUGAAAUAUGAUUUAGGCAGGGUGUAAAUUGAAAAUUUAGCGCUUAUUUAUGUUAGAUAAUUCUUUUUAGGGCAAAAUCGUCUGCGAAAAAGCAUAAAAUUUGGGAAAUAACGGAAAUUCUUAUAUAUAUUUACCUCGCCUAGCGUGAAUGCAUUACAAGCCAAAUUCACUGUUCAAAAACGAAGUGCAGCUACAAAUAUAA